AUGAGCGCUCCUGCAACAAGCAUUCCGCUGCUCCCGUACCAGCAGAAGAUUGUAACACAGUUGUUAGAGCAUGAGGAAAGCUGCUGCGUGAUUGCGGGUCUGGGCCUCGGGCGGCUACGCAUAUUCGAAUCUCUGUUGGAGCAAAAACUGAAAGCCUUUGAUGCUGCACUGACUGCGCAAAGUUCUCCGAAACCGCUCGUUUUUGUCUUGAACCUCUCGCGCGAGGAUGCGGAGGGGCUUCGUAGUCGGCUCACUGUGGGGCGCAUGAGGAAAGACAACGUGCACGUCUUCUCUGCUGGAGACACCUCCGUGUCUGCGCGUGGUCCAGCCAUGCGGGAGCAGUGCUACGCACGAGGAGGGAUUUGCUUCGUCUCCAUCCGCUUGCUUUUAGGCGACUUUCUACAGCGUCGUUUCGACGGACGUGCGGUCCAGACGCUGCUGGUCGAUCGAGCAGAGGAGGUCUACGACGUGCUUCAGAAAGAAGCGUUCGUUGUGCAAGCGCUGCUACGAAAGGUAGCGCAUCCAGAUCGCGCGGUGCGCUUAUUCACCGAAGAUUUCGCCACUGCUGCGUCAAAGGGCCUCGAGAAGAUCAUGCGAUGUGGUGGUUAUUGUCGCAAGGCCUUUCUGUGGCCUCGCAUUCAGCAAGACGUGUCGUUAGCACUCGCCACGCGCCAGGACGGCAUAGUAUUGGCAUCGGAACGAAAUGGUGCAACGCGUACACGACCCGCUGGCGUAGAAGGAUGCAGAAAUUCUCCAAGAAAGUCCCCUAAGCCUGAGAACGAGGCUCUAUCGUGGGAUAGCAUUGCCUUAGUUGAGAAACGGGUACCGCUUCCGGAUAGGAUCGCAGCGCUGCAACAAUCGCUGUUGGCUAUCUGCGAAGAUGAGGUUUGUAGGCGAUUGUGCGCCUAUCCUGACUGUCUGCGAGCUUUGGAAGCCGAAUGGCGGGGCGCUGCGAAUGGGGCAAAGAUGAUGGACCUUUCCUCAUCAUUCUCGUCGACCACGACGAGCAGUGGGCAAGGAUGUUUGGCAACCGCGACUGGGUUUAAAAACGGGAAUGGUCUGAAUAAGAACUACAAUUAUGCCGGAAAAGGAGUGGGGACGAAAAAAGCGUAUCCCAAUCGACAGACGAAAGGAGGGAAGAAUGCUGCCAUACCAGCGGAAUUGCUGAGCCACCUGUGCUCAGAUGCGAUUGCCGAUCAAAACUUUGGCAGAAAACUGCGCUACCAGCUCGAUACCUGUCUCGACGACGGCCAGGUUGCGCGAUUGGUACGCGAGGCAGGCCAGUUUGCCACAUUAUUCGAACGAUUGUUGAAGCUUGAUUGUGCUGAUUAUUUUCGCUUUGUGGGUCUCUUUCUGGGCCAAAAGUCGGUUGCUAGGAUGUGCGGUGGAAUCGCCCAGGCGGAGGCAGACAAAAUGGAAGAGCAAGCCGCUGCGGCUGCAGCAGCACUUGCAACACAAGCAGAAGAGCACAGGCUGAAUCAAGUCGAGGCAGCUGUAGUUGAAGCAAGAGUAGACACAGAUGUGGGUGUGGCGGAUCUUGACGGUUCUAACAGAAAGGUCCCACAAAGUCCUGAAGGCGCGAGUAAGGACGCAGCCGUGGGUAAUAAAAAGGGUAAGGCUAAAGCAAAGACGAAAGCGAAAGCGGCAAAAGCUAAAGCAGUGAAAGCGAAGGCUGCGACCGCUGCUUCGACUGCAAAAUCGCUACUCGGUGCCUCUGGGCAACAAGAGGAAACUUUUUCAUCCAUGCCGACUUUCGCUGCAGGCUCAGAAGUCUCCUGGUUACAAUCUGACGCUGGACGAGGAUUCCUGCGUUUGGCUCGUGCCCGCGUUCUCGCACGGGAAAGAAAUCCCAAGUGGGAUACCGUGCUUGAGAUCCUUACAGUGGAGGGCGUUCUUUCCACAGACGAGCAUGAUUUGGGAAAAUCUUCUCCGAGAGAAAAUACCCUGGACGAGGACCUGGGUCCGCCUAGUGGGUUGACCUCUCCACCUGCAAAGCGCAGAAAAGUUGAACGCGGCGAGUCCGCGAAGAAUGUGAACAAGUCAAACAUCAAGUUUGUAAAAAAAGCUGUUGUCGUUUGCGCGGACGAUCGAGAAAAACAACAGUUACGCACGGUAUUGGAUGCAGGAACUGAAGCAGCCAUUCGAGAGUCACUGCGCUUCCUCUCUCCCCCCAAGGAGGAUGAAGCAAUGACGCGUCUAGUUGUAGACGCUUCUUGCACGAAAGCAGGAGCAACAUCAUUACAAGAACACGCUUCCGAGUCCUUUUCCCCUGGUGCCGCUGCCCCCUCAACCUCAGGCUCCAAUAAGCCUGUUGCAGUCGUGAACGUGGAAGUAGCUACAGCCAAUGAAGUUGAGGCCAGUUUAUACCAGUUCUUGCCGGAUGUGAUCAUCGUGAUGUCCCCUGACGUUCGCGUCAUGCGUAUUGUAGAGGUGUAUGCAGCGAGCGUUCGCACAGUGCGCGCAAAAGGAGAGACGUUGUGGACAAAGGAAGACUUUUUACGCGAAAAUGCGAAAAUGAACGGAACCGCUGGAAAAAUUAACGAAGAUGUCGGGAACAUCAGUAACGAUACCGUUCUCACGUCGUCGAAGGCUGGAGAUGUUGGCACUAUGAUGACGAAAGCCGUUCUGCCGUCGAUGUUAUAUGCUCCGUCUCCGUCAGACACGAACGUCGAUGGCACGAAUCCCGAAAUCGGUGAAGCCGAAGGAGUCAUGGUUUCCGCAGACAAAACCAUUUUGGUCCGCAACCACGGCUUUCAAGGGACUUCUUGGGAAAACAGCGGUAUAUCUGUGAGCCUGCGCUGUUUUCUGCUCUCUUUCCAGGACUCGAUUGAAACUGCGAAGUAUCAACAGACUUUGGCUGCGGAAACCAAGGGUGUGGAACUAGCGGUAUUUCAAAAGAAGCGACUUGUGGUCGACCUCUCUACGGCAACUACGGAAACGCUGGCGCAGCGGCCCAUUCUACAGAUCGAGGACCUGGAGGAGGCCAAGCAGUCAACCCGUCUUGGCGGUGGUCGCCACCAGCGACAGAGUUCAGAGAGCUAUGUCAUCGUGGACGUGCGCGAAUUGAAUGCGCGCUUGCCUUUUUUCCUCUAUCAGCGCCACACACUGCUGCCAGCCACGAUCAAGAUUGGGGAUUACAUACUGUCGCGCGACGUCUGUGUUGAGCGAAAGAGCGUGUAUCCGGAUUUGAUCGAGAGCCUGAAAAGCGGUCGGCUACUGCAACAAGCUGAAAAUCUAGUGCGCGCCUACAAAACGCCCAUCCUUCUGCUUGAAUUCGGUCCCAGUGUUGCAAGGAGGUUCCCGCAGUGGGCGCAUUUGGCGGAAUUUGGCGGAGGGACUGCGGGAGGAGGAGGAGGUUUUGCUUCUUCUGGAAGCAAGCAAGCGCAAAUGAAUGGCGCGGCACUCUUGCGUCAAAAAUUGAUUUUGUUGAUGCUCCAGUUUCCGACCUUGCGCGUAAUCUGGUCGCCGAGCUACGCAUACACCGCAAGAAUCUUCAAAGCUUUAAAAAAGAAUAGACUCGAGCCCAAUUUGCCUCGAGACGCGGCCGGACCCUCAAAUGCAUUUUUCAUGCGCGCUCCUGGUCUGACAGCCGAAAACUUGAGACUUCGUGGCAAUGGCGUGAUGAUGUCCGGUAGUACGUCGAACACUAACUUACACAGCUACCAAAAUGUGCAGACGUCGUCGUCUGGAGACGCUACGUGCGAAGCAGAUCAAGUUUUAUCGGAAAACAGAGUAGCAAACCCGGCCGCGCUUGAUGUUCUGCGGUCUCUGCCUGGAGUCACAGGUGCAAACCUUGCUCGGAUUGCAGCGAGACUACCGAACCUUGCGGCAAUCGCAAAAAUGAGCAAAGAAGAGCUUAAGGGGCUCUUGCUGGACUCAGCGCAGGACCCUGACGGCUCUGUAGAGCGUACUUAUCGAAUCCUACAUGGCAGGAGCACUAACUCAGCGCCUGAAGGUGGCACAUAGCCAAAUAUUUUGACGAUGUACUAGUUUGAUUUUCUGAGGAAUUCUUACUCUCUCCGUUGAACAACAAGCCGCGCUAGAAGUUAAGCUAUUGAUACUUCAUACGUAUCCGAGAAAGAUGAAUUUCAGGCUGUUUUAUCUAUAACUACCACGUUUUAGAACAUCUCCUUGUCUCCAUCGUGAGGAGCCUAGUCUCGCUUCCGACUAGUGACAAAGAAUAUGCUCUCUAGGGCCCUU